CAGGACACUUCAUAUUCAUUUUGGAGCAUGUCCCUUAAAUCUCCUCAGUAGGAUGUGUAAUUUAACCUUUAAAGAUAAACAUGCUUUGUUUAAGUUGUAUGAUUAAUUUAUCAAAGGACAGAUAAAAGGUGCAGUUACGUGUUUUCACAUGAAGAGGAUCCUGCAUGUGCCUCCAAACCUGAAUAUUUAGUCAAAUUCUCCGCAUUUCCAUAAGAAAAGAUCAAAACCAAUGUACAAACAGACUGAUGGACGUAUUUGUUCAGCGGGACAAACUGUCAGCAGCCACCUAUGACAACAUUUAGACACCGAUCAGAUGUGGACUCGCGCCGGCUCGGUGGACACUGCCCACUCCUUGUUACCAGACCCACAUGCCAGCGUGAGUUUGCGUGCGCAGUCUUUCUGCUCCAGCCCUGCAUGCGUCGGGAGCGCACAGAGGGCGCACCGGUGUCAGUUUGCUCCAGCCCCUCGUAGCGGUCGGUCGGUCGCUGCUGGUUGCGCGAAGUGGCGUCUCAACGAGCAGGAAUUUGGGGAGUGGAAAUUCCGCUGUUACUUUCACGGCUCGCGUCGUGUUCCUGACAUUUUUUCCGCUGUGUCGGCCAAGUGAGUCGCUGCGAACAGAGAGAGAGAGAGAGACGCGGAGAAAGAGCUUGAAAUAAGGAGCAAAGAUCUGUUGAGCAGCGCUCUGAUGUUCUCCGUGGUUGCUUUCCAUUGAAUACCGGCUAACUAGUGAUUCCUCUUUUAAUUUUCCACUUGGAAGUACUGCUGUCGCUGCUGUUUGGUGUCAGAAGUGAGAGGUUUGAUGAAGAAUCGAGGGCGCACAGCUGCCACUUUUGGCGAACGGAUUUUUCCUUUUUGAUUUUUCGUCUUUUUUCCUCUUCAUUUGGAUUAUUUUUUUUCCAGGAGAGAUGGCAAGUUGUUCCCUGACAGACGCAGGGAUCUGGUGCUGAAGCUCGCAGGAUGCUGGAGACCCUACAACAACCAGAUUUCUUACUUUGAGACAAUUCUCGGUUAUUUCUUCUCAUUCGGACGUAAACCCACCUGGACGUUUUUAUCCCGACACCUCUGUGUGUCUUUAUUUUCUUUUUUCUUUUACACUGUCUGUGUUGUACAAUCUAACAAGGAUGCGUAGUGGAUUGCUAUUGUUCCUCUUCACCCAAGUCGUCUUGGUUGCUUCGUUGACUCAGACUGAUAAAUGCGGGGGGAAUAUAGAGAUAGACAUCGCGGACUACCUGACCUCCCCGGGCUAUCCCGGUGCCUACCCGCCCUCCCAGCAGUGCGUGUGGGUGAUAACCGCCCCCGAGCCGGGUCAGAAGAUCCUCAUCAACUUCAAUCCGCAUUUUGAUCUGGAGGACAGAGACUGCAAGUACGACUAUGUGGAGGUUUACAACGGCGGGGACGAGCUUUCGCCCAUGUUGGGAAAGUUUUGCGGGAAGAUCGCACCGUCCCCGAUCAUCUCCAGCGGCGGCCAGCUCCUCAUCAAGUUCGUCUCUGACUACGAGACCCACGGGGCGGGCUUCUCUGUUCGCUAUGAGGUCUUCAAGACAGGUCCAGAAUGUUCCAGAAACUUCACGGCUCCCCGGGGCAUCAUCAAGACGCCGGGCUUCCCCGAGAAGUACCCCAACAACCUGGACUGCACAUUCAUGAUCUUCGCCCCCAAGAUGUCGGAGAUCGUGGUGGAGUUCGACAGCUUCGACAUGGAGCCCGACACCACGCCACCGCCGGGCGCCCUCUGCCGAUACGACUGGCUGGAGAUCUGGGACGGCUUCCCUGCAGUGGGUCCUCACAUUGGCAGAUACUGUGGCCAGACUUCCCCGGGCCGAGUGAUCUCCUACACCGGCAUCCUGUCCAUGACCAUCACCACUGACAACGCCAUCGCCAGAGAGGGAUUCUCCGCCAACUACACCAUCCGUGAGAGGAGCCUCCCCCCGGGACACGAAGAUGAGGAUUUUGCUUGUAUGGAGCCACUGGGCAUGGAGUCAGGGGAAAUUUCUUCAGAGCAGAUCAGCGCCUCCUCCCAGUACAACUCCAACUGGUCCCCUGAACGCUCUCGCCUCAACUACCAGGAGAACGGCUGGACGCCCUCAGAUGACACCGUCAGGGAGUGGAUACAGGUGGACCUGGGAUUUCUCAGAUUCGUCACAGCCAUCGGGACUCAGGGAGCGAUCUCAAAAGAGACCAAGAAGCACUACUUUGUCCGCUCAUACAAGGUGGACCUGAGCUCAAACGGAGAGGACUGGGUCACUGUGAAAGAGGGCUCAAAGCAGAAGAUCUUUCAGGGGAACCACAACGCGAUGGACGAGGCUCGCGCCUUUCUUCCCAAACAGACUCUGGCUCGCUACAUCCGCAUCCGCCCCAUGUCCUGGGAGCAAGGCAUCUGCAUGCGCUUCGAGGUCUACGGCUGCAGAACAUCAGACUACCCCUGCUCUGGGAUGUUGGGGAUGGUGUCAGGUCAGAUCUCAGACGCUCAGAUCAGCGCCUCGUCUUAUGCCGACCGGGGCUGGGUGGCUGAGAACGCCCGCUUGUUGACGGGGAGGUCGGGCUGGACCGGGCAGCAAACCAAGCAACCCUUCAGAAAUGAAUGGCUACAGGUGGAUCUGGGCCAGGAGAAGAUGGUGAGCGGCGUGGUGAUCCAGGGAGGGAAACACCGCGACAGGAACGUCUUCAUGAAGAGGUUUAAAGUGGGCCACAGUCUGGACGGAGAGGAGUGGACCAUCGUCAAGGAGGACAACACCACCAGGCCAAAGAUAUUCACUGGGAACCAAAACCACGACACCCCAGAGCUGAGGUCCAUGGGACCACUACUCUCCCGCUUUGUCAGGAUCUACCCGGAGAGAGCCACCACCGAGGGCCUGGGCCUCCGACUGGAGCUGCUGGGCUGUGAGCUGGACGACAUUACAACUACAGCCCCUCCCACCACGCCCAUGGCCUCUACACUUCCCAUGACCACGUUUGGUGCAACCACCACAGCACCGAUCACCGUACCGGGCACAGCACUGGCUACUGACUGCGAGGAAGGACAACAGGACUGUGGCGGCGAGACUGAGGCGCCUGACGACUACGACCUAGCGACAGCAGGAGGCACCACAGCGGCUGACCCCACCAUAGACAUACCAGCGUACGUAUGGUUCGCCUGCAACUUUGAGUUCUUGUCGUUCUGCGGCUGGACCAGAGAGACCGGUACAGGGGCCGAGUGGCUCAUCCAGACCAUCGAAGCACCUGCCAUCCACAGAGGGCCGACCCACGACCACAGAGGCAGACCAGGCAACUUCAUCUACAUGCAGCUGACUGACAGAGAGAUGCCCAGUAAAAUGGGCGAAGGCGAGGACAACAAGGAAAAGAAGGCAAGGUUGGCCAGCCUGCCCAUCACGGCGCCGGACGCCGACCUGUGCAUGUCCUUCUGGUAUCACAUGUUCGGUGAACACACGGGAUCGCUUCACAUCAACCAGAGGAAGGAGGCAGAGGAAGGCCAGACACUGUGGAUGGUCAGCAGUCGCCAGGGCAACCGCUGGAGAGAGGGACGAGUUUUACUGCCACAUUCAAGUGUCUCAUAUCAGGUGGUGGUGGAAGGUGUUGCAGACAGACGCAGUACAGGUCACAUAGCUGUGGACAACAUCCAGAUCAUGGAUGGGCUCAGUGCAGAGGAGUGCAAGGAUCCAGAAGUUCCUACGUCUCCGCCGACUGAGAUCUUCAUCCUACCGAUGGACUCCCUCUCACAGGAGACCAGUGAGCUCGGAGGCCCGGGCAACAUGCUGAAGACCCUGGACCCCAUCCUCAUCACCAUCAUCGCCAUGUCUGCGCUGGGCGUGUUCCUGGGCGCCAUCUGCGGCGUCGUCCUGUACUGCGCCUGCUCGCAGGGCAGCAUGACGGACAGGAACUUAUCAGCCCUGGAAAACUAUAACUUUGAGCUGGUGGACGGCGUGAAGCUAAAGAAGGACAAGAUGAACGGACAGACUAACUAUUCAGAGGCGUGAGGAGGAAACGGGAGACGGAGCGGAGACCGCUCCACGUGGACACAUGAUGCAGCCAAUCAAGCAGGAGGAACACGGGAUGGGGGCUGAAGCCACCAAUGGGACGGCAGGGUGGGCUGAAAGUGAGCCGAUGUAAUUUUAUUUCUCAGGAGCGGCGGUGGAAGGGACUGACCUGUAGGGGGCACUGUGUAUAAAGAAUCUGUACAGCAAAAAAAAAAGAAGAAAACUAAGGAUUCUAUUUGUUUUUUGGCGUGCUAUGUUAAUUUCAUGUAAUCACAUGCUGGUGUUGAGACCAAUUCAGAUGAACGUAUCGUUUGUGUACUUUUAUGGAAAGAUAAGAUUUGAUUUUUUUUUGUUUGUUAUUGCUGUCUCUUUUUUUCCAGAUGUCAUAGUUUCACAGAACGAGCAGAGUAUGUGAAAUUUGCGAUUCUGAUAUCUGGGUCUUUAGCUAGCCAUGUGUCCCUGUGUGUGUGUGUGUGUGUGUGUGUGUGUGUGUGUGUGUGUGUGUGUGUGUGUGUGUGUGUGUGUGUGUGUGUGUGUGUGUGUACGUACAUACAUGUGUCACAUUCAUAUACAUCUGCAUUUAAGGUGUGUAUGUGUCAUCCAGUCUGGCUAUAGGUGUGUGUGCAUUACGCUUAUGUUUACUGUAUCUGUAUACAUGAAGUGCAAGCAUACUUCUGUGUGUGUGUGUGUGUGUGUGUGUGUGUGUGUGUGUGUGUGUGUGUGUGUGUGUGUGUGUGUGUGUGUGUGCAGCGGGUACCAUCCAGGCCCGUUGAACCUGCGUCUAGUUCCAACAGUGCCUUUUUUUUCCUCCAGUUUUUCCGUUGCCUUGUUUUCUGCUGGUUGUUUUCUCAUCGGCUGGCGUUCCGUCCAGGGUUCCUACACAAACACGCAGAAAAACAUUGUGAUCAUACAAUUACACAUUUUUUUUAGCAUUGUCAUGUACUGUCAACUAACACAUGUUGGUGUAGACCUGUAGAUCUUUCUUGCCUUGAUGACGGUCGUACUGACACAGACUAAAAAUGUUAAAACCCAAGUUAACUUUUAGGUUUUGGAAAACUUAAGAAAAGCUCUGGAAUUUUGGAAAAUGAAAAAUGUGUAGGAGCCCUGAAUGCCUCGUUUUCAUGGCACAUGACACAUCCAACAUAUUGUACAUAGGUUUUAAUAUAUUUGAGCGCUUUUUUUUUUUUAUAUAUAUAGAAAAAGACACAAGUGCCGCAGUAUCCUUUCUAUGUUGGAAUCAAACUCCCACCUAAUCUUCAAGAUUCUGAAAAUGUACAAAAAAUGUUGAUUUUAACAGACAGAGACACAAACCUGUUGUUUGUGUUUCUUUCACAAAUGUGAUCUAUUUGUCAUUUUGUGAGUUUUGUUGUUGUGUUCUGGGAACAGGAGGGUUUUUGCAAUGACGAAAACAGAUUUGGGAUUCUUGAGAAAUGCCUCAUGGGAAGGGACGCUUUGUGCACAGGGUAAAACAGACAGCCUCAGUACCACUAAGAUGCUGACAGCAUGUCGAAGACGGAUCGUCAGGACUGAAAUAUUCUCACUGGCACACAAAAUGACUGUUAAACCUUGAACCUGAAGUGCGUCCAGCAGUCCUGAGAGACACCAGAAAGAAAGACUGAAAGUGUCUCUCCUCGGGUCCGUCAGCAUCUUCUGCUGAGCGGACAGGAUGUGGAAGCUUCUGAAAACUCAUCAAGAUUUAAUGUUUGCCAUGACAAUGCUGUUCUCUGUCAAUGUAUCUUCAGUGUCGACUAUCAGAGGAGAAAUGUAUGAAUGAUCUUUGAUGGAAAGAUCGAAUUAGGUUCAUCAACCCUAACAGGUGACUAAUGAGUCACCAGGUGAGCAGGUGACUCAUUGCUCCGACAGUGAUCAUGCUUCAUAAGCCUAUUUCCCUUCAGCUGCAGUGGUUUGAAAUGACACACAGAACUAGUCACAUUUUACAUCCAUGAUGAGUUCACUACCAGACUACCCAACAGACAUGCCCAGUAAACUAUAGGGCUCUUUUUUUUUUUUUUUAUUAAUUUUUGUUUCCUUUGACAGUUUAAAACAGGUGAAAAUUGGAUUUUAAAAAUGUAACUUGCAGUUAAAGCACUGUGUUUUUUUUUGUAGGAUUCUGUUUCAUAAUCUGAAUCUUAUUUAACUACAAACCACAUUUUACUCACCACUCUCUACAUCCACCAUUUUCUUAACUGUCAAGUUUCAAAAGGGUUUCCUCACUGUGAACUACUGUGAUCAGUGUCCUCUUACUGCAGAAAUUUCAACAGCUUCUGAGUCUGUGAGGGGCACAAAAAUCCUGGAUGAAAAUCAGGUUAAACUUAAUUCUGGGUAUAUUUUUUAGUAAACAUUGGUUAAAAGCUCAAAUCAAUAAGCCUUGUGCUAAUAAUACUGCUUUGCUGUGUUUUAGCUUUUGCAGCUGAAUGUGUUGUGAUGCUGGUCGCUUGCUCAUAGCACCGUUCAGGUGGGAGGAGUCUUGAGUCUCACACCGCACUGGUGUCAAUGAACAACUCUGUUCACUCUGCAGUCAUUUACGUCACAGAUUGUACUUGCAAAGAUUUUUUUUUUAAAGCCAUUACACAGCUAUGAUGGACUGAUAUAUUUAUUAGCAACGGGGAGAACAGCGUUUGUCUCAUGUUGCACUGCACUGUGGAGCUUACAUCUGCCCAUUUUUAAUGUAGCAUUACAGUAUGUGGCAUCAUGACGGCUCAAAAUGUGAAGUGAGACUGUCCGUCAGCAUCAAUUUAGAAUCAAUUCUCAGUGCUUUCCUUUUUCAAAUCAGACAUUUUUAAGUUUUUCUAAAGGAAAUCCACCUCCUCAGUCGGGUCAUUUGAAAUCCUCGUCUGGUUUCAGUAACGCCUGAGCGAACAUUUCCCAUCAAAUGGAGGUGCUCUGACUGUUGAGACACUCGUUAUUCGCUCUUAAUACCACACUGCUUCAAUCGUUUUUUCUUUUCUCAGUAAAAGAUCAACUGCGUUGUGUUUUGCCAGACAAGGUUGUGGGUGAUCAAAAUGCAAUUUCAGUCUGACUUUACAGACGGGGAAUGUGUGUGUGUUCCCAGUGAGUCAGCCAGAUAUUAAUAAAGCUCCUUCCCUUUUAAACAAGAAAGGAUUCUGCAGCACUAGACAUGAAAACAAAUGUUGCACUGAUAUAUUUAAAAAAAAAAAUCUGUGUUUAUGAUGUUGAUUUAUGAAAAGAGAGAAAGGAGGUAGAAGAGGACAGUGUUAUUGUUGCUUCUUUUUAACACGGUUUCAGAUGACAGUGUUAUAAUUCUGAAAUGUACAAUUUACAGAGAUGUUUUUCAUUCUCGAAAAAGCUUAUAUUGUCUCUUUGAAACGUAACAAUUUUAUUUACUUGGUAUAAUAUCACCUUGUCUUUUUGUACCGUCACUGAUGUACGUGCCAUUGUUUUAUUUUUUUUUCCCCCCUUGUAUGACAAAAAAAAAUUUAUUUUCAAUACUGCUUCUGUAAUUUUGCUGUCUCAGAUCCAGAAAAAAAAAAAACAAGAAAGGAAAUAAGAAAGUAAAAAAAUGGAAAAGCAGUGAGGCCUUAAGUGACUAAAAGUAUUGUUUGUACUUUGACUUUCUGGUCAGCACCCAGACUCAUCCGUCUCUGUUGUCUCAGACUCUGAUCAUUGACUAUUACAUUCCAAAGAAUUGGAUCAAAUAAAUGUUUUAAGUAAAA